AUGGCGAAUGCAUCUGGGAUUUAUUUUCCCGCGGCGCACAGUGUGGGGAGGAGAUUUUCUCCGUCGAUAGGCAUUUAUCGAUUUGGGUUUUGGUUCUCUGAAGGCGCGACCAGGAGAACAGUGUGCUCCGGCACCACUCAUGGCGCGGAGAAGCUCUCCGGUUCUGAUUCGAGAGCUCCAAGGCUUGAAAGCAGAGGCUGCAAGUUAGUUGGUUGUGGGUCUGCAGUACCAAGUCUCCAGAUAUCCAAUGAUGACCUCUCGAAAAUUGUUGACACUAAUGAUGAAUGGAUAUCAGUACGAACUGGAAUCCGGAAUCGAAGAAUAGUUUCUGGAAAAGAUAGUUUAACAGGUUUGGCUGUAGAGGCAUCAAAGAAAGCUCUCGAAAUGGCAGGGGUUACUCCUGAUGAUGUGGACCUCGUGUUAUUGUGUACUUCGACUCCAGAGGACUUAUUUGGCAGUGCCCCACAGGUGCAUUUACAAAUGACAUUCUGA